GAGUGAGGAAACAUCGGAGCAGCAGUGUGGACAUAAAGAAGCGACUCAAGAUCAGGAGUCUGGGCAGCACAGCAGAGAGAACCAAACCAGACAACUUUCUCUACCGCACAUGUAUAAAGCGAUGGUACAACGAACCGGCCCCCACCUGCUUCUCCUAAUAGCCCUGUGCAGUGUGUUGUACUCCCGGACCCUAAGUCUACCGCACACAACCAUAAGAGCGACGAGACACGCAGACGGUCUGUUUACCAGCGGAUAUAGCAAACUCCUGGGACAGCUAUCAGCACGGAGGUACCUGGAGUCUCUGAUUGGAAAGCGGGUCAGUGAUGAGCUGAUGGACGAGCCAGCAAAGCGUCACACAGACGCUAUCUUUACAGACAACUACAGCCGCUUCCGCAAACAGAUGGCUGUCAAGAAGUACCUGAACUCUGUCUUAUCAGGAAAGAGAAGCCUAGAAGAUCCUGUAACCAGCGAGGAGUCCAGGGAUGAACCCAAAACCUUCCAGGAGAGCUACGACGACAUAAACGUAGACCAUCUCCUAAACAACUAUCAGCUGGCACUUUGAGGAGAAGUCCAUGCUCGAGUGAAUACCUCAAGUCAUCCUCAUGAAACCAUUCAUUCAGAAAAAACAACACCGUAUUAAUCCAAAGGACAUUCAAAAGUCAACCAACAAUGAUGUGUUCUCCAGUGUGGUUAUCUAGCUAUCUGUUCAUCUACACAGUACACAUUUUCACUGUAUAUAUACCACAUAUAUAUGCACAAUGCUAAUCGCAAAAGAAUUUUCGGGCCACACUGAGCAACAUGCAUGUGUCAACAAAUGGCAGCAGUGGAUAAAAAGGAGGUCGCUCUUGUUCUAUUAACCAUUUCUGGGGAACAACAGCAGUGUUAAAUUUAAGAGAAUUGUGUCCCAUGAACUUUCAGUUGAAAAUUUGAGCCAUUGACUAUUGAUAGAAAAGUGUGUUUUUUUUUAAUAGCAUACCGGUUGAUUUACAGUGGAUAUACUGGCUUUACUGGCCAAUAUCAAACAUUCAUUGGAAGAUAAACAUGAUUAAUCUGUCACAAACCUUAAUUUGUCAGAAAAAGGUUUAACUUCCAGUGGAAAAAAAACAAUCCAAAAUUUUAUCUAAGGAUCUUUGGCCCUAUCCGCUUUUGGGAUUUUAAAUGACCCAGUCAAGUUAAACUAAAAUAAUAACACUCAAUCCAAUUUCAUUUGCACAGAGAACAUUCCCAGUAAAUUUCAUAUUCAUGACAUAUUAACUUUGGUUUUAACUAGCCAGCACUUGUCAAAUUAACUUUAAAUGGAGCAUUCAAAUCUAUGUAAUUAAAUUCAGACUCAUUUCAUUAACUGUCAGUGGAGCAUUGGUACAGCUGAUCUUCAGUGGAACAUAAACAGUGUUAACUUUUAGUGAAAUUACAGCUUUAUGCAAAUUUCAUCAGGCUACUUGUCACAUUUUGAUUUUGUGAUUACUUUUUUUUUUUUAUUAAUUUUCAAUGGAUAAUUUCCCCUGAUUAUUCCUAAUGGUAUAACUUUUCCAUUAAAUUUAAUCAAUUAAUUGACAUGUUGAAUGUUAAUAAAAACUCCAUUGUUUUUAAUGUCUUCAUUUUUCAUUUCAGGGUAUCUGUAAUCCUCUCAAAUUUAAGUAAAGCAUUUGUCCACUCAAACUAUAAAUGAAAUGGGAUUUAUUUGGUUUCCAGCCAGAGGUACCAUUUGUAAAUUUGUUUAUUUAGAAAUGUUCAGUUGACCCAUUUAAUGUCAACAGAACAAUAGUCAUAAGAUUGACAGUGGAAGAUUUGAUUGAUUUCCUUUCAACAGGAUAGAUAAAUUUAUUGCUCUUUAAUGUACGGUUGUGUUAAAUUAAAGUGUUGUCCCAAUCAUUUUCAGUAUUGCGGUCAUGAUCUGUGCGCACACCAAGUUGUCAGAGAAUUCAUAAAUGUUCUUUUCAUGGGGGAUUCACAGGCGAGGAGGACACACAUUGAAUGGACACAGAUGCAUAUAAUCACUUUACAUUAUUCAGUAUGUAGAGCAAAGAAGUUAUAACUGUGCAUAGACCUGCCUUUAGUGUAUUUAGUGAUGUAAACCAGUCACCAAAUAAAAGAUUUUGGUUUAUUUUUCAAAGCUGA